GGUGAACGCAAAAGAGGAGAGGGAAAGGGACAUCUACACGUGCUCGACUCAUGAAUCAACUCGUAUUAGCGAGGACGUAGCAAGCCUGGUGGGCACCAAUCUACCACUCCAACAUCGAAUAGAUUGGAUUUCUCAACUUUAUUUAAUUAUCUGGCAACGAGGCGGACCGGAGCCAGACGGAAACACGUCGUUGAAGGUUUUCUGCGAGUGCUGCUACGACAAUCAGAUAGUGUUUGCAAGUGAAAAUAAAUAUUAACGAUAAUGGAUUUUUUCUCAAUAGCGAACGAUUAAACAGUUCUUAUUUAUUUUUAUGGAAUUAUAUGUGCAGAAUUAAUAGUUAUCUAACUUGAAUGCGCUACAUAAAUCUUGACUACUUCCACAAGAUUAAAAGCCAUUUACAGGAGAAGCGUACACAUUUACGUAAAAAAAUAGGUAAUACCUAGAUUGUAUAAUUCGUUCAAUAGUAAAAAAUGUAUGAAUGUAUUUCCUGCAAAGUUAAAAAUCAUCUGCCCUUUCUUAUUCAGCAUUGAAAUCCCGUUCUUAUGUUUUCAUUCUUAACAUGCCGAUCAAGUGUGAGCAGAUGUUUUCGACUAAGAAUUAGCUGUUGAGCAUUUCAUCGUCAAAUGCACCGUUUUUCUGUUUCCCUUUUAUGCGUCGACAGCGAAAUGCUACGGCAUGAAUACCUGUGUCCAAAAAUGCUGAUAAUCAACCGAGAUAUGCCGUUCUAUAAGAUUCCAAAGAUUAUAGCCUUUCUGAGACCAGCUCCACCCUUCGUGUUUUCUUUCUCAUCUUAACCCUUUUAUUAUCGGAAAUCUAGCUAUGUAUUGGGGCGGAGAUAUGUUUUAUUUGGGCUUAGCGGAGUUAUUACACCUUGCCUCCCAAUAUGCGAACUGUUCUCAUAUCAAUUCAUACAUAAAUUUGCUUUAAUAACAAAUGAAUAUCCAAACUGUCGUACAUAUUAACAAUCAUCAAGCAGGAAAUUUACUGUUAUUUCUGAUCCACCCUACCUAGAGUUAAUAACGAGAAACCGUUGUAAAUAACUAAAACGGGAUGAAAAAUUCUGGGGAUCGGAAGGAGAGACUGAGGGUGCACGAUGAUGAGUGCCUCGCGUAUCAAACGGGGUGGAGGAGGAGAGGAACGAUCGGAGGCGUGGUUCGAGUGCGCACACUCCACGUGACCCCGUCGUUUCCGAAGGCGGGACUUCAGGUCGCCGGCAACACAACUACACCGUCGGUGGAACGGUUCGUCGGGGCCUCUCUGUCGUCGCGCGCGCGGAACACCUCGAGUUGCGCUCGCUCUACGCACAACACCUGCCGCUCGCUCUCGUGCACGUUUUGUUCGCUCCUUCUCGAAAGUGUUCUUCCCUCUACGACCACCGCGUUUCUUUUUCCUCUCUUUUUAAUCACCGUCAUCGUCGAUCUCCCCGAAUCGAUCGAUCAGACUUUUCGGGAGUAAACGAACAUGGAUCGCGGAAACGCGUCGUCGGAUACGACGCGUGCAGAAGAAUGAGCCUAGCCAGUUUUGUAACAGCGACUUCGGAGAUAUCUCGUUGCUAUCAAUCGAAGGUGGACGCGCGUACAGAAUGCUGCUGCCGCAGGAUAUGAUGGCAGCUCAGUCGAAGAUGCUGUACCAGAUAAACAAGUACUACGGCGAACGGGUGCAGGCGCGAAUGGGCCAAGUACAGAAGACGAUCCGCGAGGUGUGCAAGGUGGUGCAGGAGGUGCUGAAGGAAGUCGAGAUCCAGGAGCCGAGAUUCAUCUCCUCCCUGACCGAAUGCAACGGCCGGUACGAGGGGCUCGAGGUGAUCUCGCCCGGUGAAUUCGAGGUGGUCCUCUACCUAAACCAGAUGGGUGUGUUCAACUUCGUCGACGACGGCACCCUGCCGGGUUGCGCGGUGCUCAAACUCAGCGACGGAAGGAAGAGAUCCAUGUCCCUUUGGGUCGAGUUCAUCACCGCUUCCGGCUACUUAUCCGCCCGCAAGAUCCGCUCGAGAUUUCAGACGCUCGUGGCGCAAGCCUGCGACAAGUGCGCCUACAGAGAUUCCGUGAAGAUGAUAGCAGAUACGACGGAGGUCAAGCUCCGUAUCAGGGAAAGAUACGUGGUGCAAAUAACCCCGGCGUUUAAAUGUUCAGGCGUGUGGCCACGAUCCGCGGCGCACUGGCCGAUUCCUCAUAUACCCUGGCCACAUCCGAACCUCGUGGCAGAAGUAAAAACCGAAGGUUUCGAUCUGUUGUCGAAGGAGAGCGUGGCACUUCAAGGGAAACAAUCUGCCAUGGAAGGCGACGCUUGGGUGUUGUCUUUCACGGAAGCAGAGACCAGACUGCUGCAAGGUGGGUGUCGUAGAAGAUGUUUGAGUAUCUUGAAGACACUGAGGGAUAGACACUUGGAUCUACCGGGAAACCCAGUGACCAGCUAUCAUAUGAAGACUUUGUUGUUAUAUGAGUGCGAGAAACAUCCGCUGGAGACCGAAUGGGACGAGGGAUGUUUGGCCGAUCGUAUUAAUGGGAUCUUUCUACAGUUGAUAUCCUGUCUCCAAUGUCGCAGAUGUCCACAUUACUUUCUGCCGAAUUUGGAUUUGUUCAAAGGGAAAUCGCCCAGUGGGUUGGAGAACGCGGCGAAGCAAGUUUGGAGAUUGACCAGGGAAUUGCUGACUAAUAGUCGUGCUCUAGAAAAACUCUAGCGGGAUUUUCCAAUUUUGAAAAUACAUCUGGUUCUCGUUUUACACGGUCAAAGCGAGUGAUAGGAAAUCGUGUAAAAAAUGUCAAUGCAUGAUUAGAGUUCUGAAGAAAUUGAACUCUGAGUAAAUUAAAAUUAAUGAAAAGCGGGUGACUUCAAAAUCGUGUGAAGAAAUACCGUGUAAAAGGAGGGUGAGGUGUAUGACAAAGGGAAAGACAGAAAGAGGGGCGAGAGUUUCGCGUCGAAAUAUUUAGUGCAUUCGCGUGAAUCACGGUGAAUUUAGAAUGUCGAUUUCUCGACGAUUUUUCUUGCUCCUUGUGCUCUCGUAAACUGUGGAGACUCUACGUUCACGCGCUAUCGUUUCGUUCUCGAAGCUACGUGGACGCAGUAAAGAUGAAUGUCAGAAACUAUUGGAUUGACAAAUAAGUUCGUUCGAUUUCCCCUUUGACGCUGUUUCAUUCCAACUUGCAUUUGCUUUUCAUGCCGCUAUUGCACGUUACACAUAUUACAAAUAUGAAUUUAAAAGGUUAUACAUUUAUUGUUUAAUAAAAAUUGUUAAUAUAUAAUUGAAUAAAAUCUAUCCUGCGUGUCAAAGAGACUGUGUUUCAUUCUGUUCUAAAGACUCGAACGAAAUUAUUUGCCGACUCAAUACUAAUUUAUUUUUCUUGAUUGCACCUUAGUCGUGGUGGAAAUUAUGCGAGACGGACUAUAAAUAUCAGUGCAAUAUUCGUCAGUGCUUUGUUCCGCGCGAGAACAAUUGUUGCUAGGUUCUAUGUAAAAUGUGUUGCACGUUAUGUACGAUCGAAGCUUAACGAUGGAUUCAGGAUGCCGACAUCGCGACGUUCCUUACUUCUUGCUCUUGUAAAUUGCGGAGACUCUACGUUUAUGCGCUAUCGUUUCGCAAGCUGUACAAGCUACGAGGACGUAAUAACAAUUAACGUCAGAAGCUAUGAAUUUAUUUAUCUCGAUCGUUUCUCAACCGUUGUGCAAAUAAUGCUCAGAUCAUCGGACUCAGAAUAUCAGUGCAACAUUUUGAUUUCAGUGCAAUGUUUAGUGCUUCGUUUCGCGCGAGAACAACUGUUGCUAGGUUUUAUGUAAAAUAUGUUGCAUUGGAUUUUUUCGAAAAUUUCAUUGAAAUGAAAAUAAAUGAAUGGAUACGAUUGAUAAUAAUGAAAUGAGUGAUAAAUUGAAUUUGAUCGAGAUCUUCACAGAAUCGAUAAGAAUAUAUUAUGUACGAUCGAAGCUUCUGCUUGGUGAGGAAUCUUGUGCUUGCUAAUACAAAUCGAUUUUUCUAUGGUAUGACUGCAAUGUGCGAGUGACUAUUAAAUUUAUCCGGUUGGCUGCUCUUAAAUGAGUGAUAGUAAAUCGUCGUGUGAUCCGUUCUCGUUAAAUUAAUCUAAUGUUUAUAAUCGGUUAGACAUUCAAGCGACCGAUGAUAGCUCGGCCACGAUAUUGUUGUACAUACUUCUUUAUAAUUAUUUAAACGAUAUUUAUUUAUUUCUACUCGAAUCGUUCUUCGAAUACACAAUGUAAAUAUUCCUUAAUAAACGCAUUUCAUCUCA